AUGCCGUCGCCGACGCGCAACAAAUAUACCCCUGAUACCGUGCGAAACUGGUAUAACAUGGGUUACUUGCAGCACCGCAAUAGGAUACCAUCGCCCAUCGCCUCUGGGCCCACCGCUGUUACUCCGCCACACUCCCGCUCCGGAUCUGGCUGGCAGCCGCUGGUGGGGGUUCCGUCCAAGGCUCGAUCCUCUGGGCUCGGGGCCACCGAGCUCAUCAUCGCUAUACGGACACUGAAAAAGGACCCAUAUUCGGUGCGCAAGGGCUUCGUGUAUUCUCACUUUCGAUGGAUGAUCAUGAAGCAGAAUCCAAAACUCACUGGGCGGACAGACGUCUCUGACCUGAAGCAAGAUCCAGUAUGGUCACGAUGGGAUUGUCUAUCCCAAUGCUCGUUGCCGGACUUGGCUGGGGAGACUGGUGAGGCUACAUUCUGCGUGAACUCGCUGGCCCACUUGCUGGGCGAGCAGCCGUUUGAUGACCGCAAUUCACCGCGCGAUCAUGUUGUUACAGCCCUCGUCACGCUGGGCGAGGGCUAUCAUAACUUCCACCAUGAGUUCCCUUCCGACUACCGCAACGCGAUCGAAUGGUACCAGUAUUAUCCUACCAAAUGGACAAUCUGGCUCUGGAAACAAGUCGGUCUCGCCCAUCAUCUGAAACAAUUCCGUGCCAAUGAGAUUGAAAGGGGGCGCCUGCAACAGCUGCAACAGCUGCAGAAGCAAGUAGAUAGGAGACGGAUCCAGUUGGACUGGGGGCGGUCUCUCGAGGAGCUGCCGGUCAUGGAGUGGGAGGAGUAUGUCGAUCGGGCCAAGAAGCGUGGCCUCGUUGCCAUUGCUGGGGUUGUUCAUGAUGUGACUGGGUUCAUUAAGGAGCAUCCCGGCGGCAAGGCGAUGAUCCAGUCGGGGAUCGGCAAGCAUGCCACGGCUAUUUUUAAUGGAGGCGUAUACAAUCAUUCUACUGAGUAA